AUGAACGUCAGUCAUAAUGUUCGUGGAAAACCUGUAUACGACAACAUAUUGGAGGUUAUCGGGCACACGCCUCUGGUGAAAUUAAAUCGUAUACCAAAAGACCAUGGAUUAAAAUGUCAAAUGUAUGCAAAAUGCGAAUUCACCAACCCAGGUGGUUCAAUAAAGGACCGCAUUGCACAUACGAUGAUCCAAGAAAAAGAAUACGAAGGGGCCAUCAAACCUGGCGUGACCAGAUUCGUUGAACCCACUUCUGGGAAUACUGGCAUUGGAGUUUCUCUCGCAGCUGCAGUUAAAGGAUACAAAUGUACCAUUGUUACCCCCGACAAAAACUCCGAUGAGAAGAUGAGCACGAUGAACUUGCUCGGGGCUGAGAUCAUCCAAACUCCAUCCAAUAUCCACUACCAGGAUCCCGGUAGCUUCGUAUCGGUCACCAGGCAGAUACUGGAAGAAGACCCCAAUGCUAUUUCUUUGGAUCAGUAUUCAAACCCAUACAAUCCUAUGACACACCACGAGCACACUGCAUUAGAAAUACUCGAUGCUCUCGAAUCUGUGGACAUGUUUGUGAUGGGCACCGGUACUGGAGGAACGGUCACAGGCUGUGCCAAGAAACUCAAGGACAAGUGUCCUAACUGCAUCGUUGUCACUGUCGACCCGCAAGGCUCUAUCAUAUUCGACGAAGGCCCGCAAUUUUCUUAUUUCGUAGAAGGAAUCGGCGGAGACUUUGUCCCAGAUGUUUUGGAUAAAAAUGUUAUUAACAGAGUUAUCAAACCAGAUGAUAUUCACUCAUUUAAUAUGUCCAGGGAACUUAUUCGAAAGGAAGGAUUACUUUGCGGGGGUAGUAGUGGAGCUAUAACAUAUGCAGCCAUUCAGGCAGCUAAGGAUUUGAAUCUCGGACCUGACAAGAUAGUGGUGGUCAUCCUUCCUGAUGGCAUUCGCAACUACAUGACCAAAUUCGUCAACGAUCAAUGGAUGGAGGCACAUCUCUUUAAGCCAGUUCCAAAAAGGGACUUCCCAUGGUGGACAAGGUGUAUUUCGAAUCUAAAUAUCAUCCGCACUGUGCCUAUGAUUCCUGAGAACAGCACGUGCCUGGAGGCCAUCGCUGCUAUGGACACUAAACAUAACGUAGCAUUCAUCGUCAACGACGAUGGAUUGCUCAAGGGUGUUGUUUCAAAGGACAGUUUAAGAGCUGCAGCCACAAAUCCUAAAUGUAACAUUCCACUCGAUAUCCAUGACAAGGCAAUCAAACAUGUUCUGAAGAAACAUCACAAGAUUAUAGAAAAUAAGGAAAACCCGACUGUAGGGUUAGCAGCGAGAAUACUAGACAUAGCACCAUUUGUUGCAGUCGUAGAAGAAUACAAGAAUGGCAACAAUAACAGUCCAGGUUUAAUACCAAAAGGAAUAAUCACCUCCGAGGUAGUGCUGGACUUCAUCUUGAAACAUCAGACCAAUAUUUGA